AUGAAGAUCGACGACAUUGAAAAAAUCCAUGGAUCACCCUCCCUACACAGCAUAAGCCAACAUGAGCUCAUCAACAGCUCCUCAAGCGAACCAAUCAAGGAAACCGUCCACGACCCCAAACCACAAACGAGAUUUCGGCGAUGGAUCACCAACAUGAAAGGCGUGGAAACCAGAGGCAUCGAGCCUGUACCACUGGAAGAAAGGGAGCCGGUGACUUCGUCAACGUCACUGCACAUGAUGAUUCUCUGGUUCAGCAUGAGCUUGGCGACGAAUAAUAUCACUGUCGGGUCGAUGGGAACUUUGGUAUUAGGGCUGAGCUUCAAGGAUGCGGCUAUUUGCGCGAUUCUGGGGAAUUUGGUCGGGACUAUGACGAUUGUCGCCCGCUACUUCAUGGGGUACUAUCCAAGUAAAGUCUGCAGCGCGCUGAACAUCCUCACCAAUCUUGGUUAUAGCAUGGUCAAUUGUGUGACCGGUGGCCAGAUUCUCUCUCGGGUGUCCGGUGGACACCUUUCAGUACUGGUGGGCAUCGUCGUGGUGGCCCUCUCGAGCUGGAUAAUGGCCAUGUUUGGAAUGCGCAUUUUCCAGAUCUAUGAACGAUUUGCAUGGGUCCCUCAAUUAAUGGUUCUCUGCGUGAUGCUCGGCUCUGCAGGCCCUCAUUUCGACUUUGAAGUCCACACGCCCGUUUCACGCGGCCGACUCAAUGCCAAACGAGUCACCUUCUUCUCUCUAGCUCUAUCCAUUGCCCUCGCAUGGGCUCCACUUGCCGCAGACUACUACGUUUACUACCCACCGCAAAUAAAGCGCUGGCGUACCUUCGCCGUAACGGUGCUAGGCAGCUCCCAAGCAAUGAUAAUCACCUUGCUCCUCGGCAUCGGACUAGGCACGAUGAUGGCGAGCUCGCCCACCUACCUCGACAAGUACGGCUCCACUCCAGGAGGUCUCCUGAUGGCAGCAUAUGAUGCCCUCGGAGGGUUCGGCAAAUUCUGCGCAGUGAUCAACGUGCUGGCGCUGGUCGCUAAUAACACGCCCGGGGCGUAUUCUAUGGGAAUGAAUCUCCAGAUGCUGGGUGGCUUCUUCUGGCGUGUUCCCCGGCCAGUCUUUACCACGCUGGCGACUGUGAUUUAUACCGCUUGUGCGAUGGGGGGUCGGAAUUCGUUGUACGAAGUGUUUAAGGGGUUCUUACCGCUUAUUGGGUAUUGGGUGAUGAUUUGGUUAAUUAUCGUCAUGGAGGAGGACGUGUUCUUCCGUCGGUUGAAGGGGUAUGACUGGUCGGCGUGGAAUUCGCCGCAGCGACUGCCCGUGGGGAUUGCGGCGGGCGUCUCGUUUAUAGUUGGAUGGGUGGGGGCCAUUAUUGGAAUGGUGGUUAUCCAGAACCAAGUCUAUUAUCGUGGCCUUCUUGCCCAGAUUGCCUCCGGGGCGGACUUGGGCCUGUGGACUGGAGCUGCAUUUACAGCCGUAGUCUUCCCACCACUCAGAGCGAUGGAACUCUGGAGGGGGGCCAGGCGAACAAGGAUGAUCGUGCGCGUUGCAUAUGAUACCGACAGCCCCGGCCCGCGGCCCAUGGAGAUGAAGAUGCCCUCGGUCCGUGCUGAUAGAUGA